AUGAACAACGCCCCGGGUGCUGGCCCUUACUUUAUCCGGGUAGUGGAUUGUGGAAAUCAUGGUGGAGGUGGUGGAGGUGGUCGGCGUGGCGGUGGUGGCCAUGGUGGACAUCGUGGUGGAUACCGCGUCUACCGUGUUUAUCGUCCCUGCGGCGCGUGCCAUGGACGCGGGCAGCAAUACCGACACGACUGCCCCCGAAACAACCAGCGCGCGGGGUUGCAAAUCAAUGGUGGCCAGAAUAUAAAUCAAUGGCUCAACAACGUCCACACCCCCGGCCAGGUCGUGUGCCCCUACCACUCCUUCCGCCACUUUCAUCACGCCCACUUUCAUCACGCCCACUUUCAUCAAGGAAACCCGACGCUGCAUGCUCAAUAUAACCACGCCCUCGCAAUCCUGCAAUACCAGCUGCAGCUUCAGUCGCAGCACCUGAUGCAACAGCAGCUAUACUUGCAGAUGCAGCAGCAGCAGAAUCAGUUCAUGCAGCACCGAGUGUUGGAACUACAACAGGGACGGGGCCGCCCAAUCUUGCAGCUACAGAACGGUGCCAAUCAGCAAGGCCACCAGCAAGGCCAGCAGGACCAAGAAGAGGACGAUCUGGAUCUCGAUCUUGCCUGA